CAUUACACCGAGUGGCCGGUUUUUCCCUGCUAUUUGUUUGUUAUGCGCUUUUGUCCAGCUGACCGAUGUUUUAUUCAGGUUUUUGUUGCACUACUUUAUGUCGGUAAGUGUGAAGCAAGGGAGGUGCUAUCAGCGGUGCUCCUUCCUUGUCCCCAAGCAGAUGCCACUCUAUCUUUUUUGAGGAGCCUCAUAUCUGUCCCUGCUCACAUGAAUGCAGGCCAGCCAGGUGGACUGAUGGAAAACAGUAAUUGUUCCACAACUCUUGACAAGUCGGCCAGCAUCACUGUGGUAGAUCCUUUCAAGACCCCCAAGAGGAAGUGGCGGACACAGUCCAAGUGUGCAAAGAUGGAGUCUUCUCUAUCCCAGCUCUCCAGUUACCAGAAAAUACAGGGCUCCCAGUUCUCUGAUACUACACAGUCCUCAGGAUUGUGUCCUGUGAAUGGAAAUACCUGCUCAAAUCAGCCUGAGUUACUGAAACAUACUGAACAAUCAGUGGCAAAAUGCAUGCAGCCCAGGGUGUGUCUGACAGACAUUUUGAAGACAAAGUUGGGACAAGACUAUCUGAACAGAUGGAGCCAUAGCCAACACAAAGAGAUGCUGCUGGGCAAGCUUGGAGGUUCUUCUGUAUUCAGCAAGAGUGGAAAUUCACGAGCAAACAGCAAGUGGGGAGUUUUAUUGUCUAGUGAGCAAAGUGAUUUUGUGACAGCAAGCAACGGUAAAGGUUCCCCAGUACACAGCGAGUGUGGAGAUUUACCAACCUAUGGGACAAGUGAGGGCUUGCAUGCACAGAACAGACAUACAGAUCCAUUGACAUACUGCAAACGUAGAGGAAUGAUGUCACACAGUCAGAGCACCCAGCUGCACAGCAGGAGGACAGAGGCACAGUCCCAGAGCAAAGGACUAGGCUUCCAGAAUUCAUCAUUGACUUCACCAUGCUCUGUUGAAGAUUCUGUUCUCUCACCUGUAGAGUCUGCUCUGUCUGACAGGUCAUGCCAUAAAACACUUUCUUAUACCUUAUGCCAGGAGGAGAAUCUGUCUCCCAGUUCUGUCUCCUCCAAGAUGAGAAGCUGCUCUGUGUUGUUGAGAGGACACUGGAGUGCUACUUUGCAGAGGUCACCAACACAAAUAAUCUCUAAUAAUGGGUUUCCAUUGAAUCUGGGGAAGAAUGGGCAAGCAAUACACUCUUUGGAAAAUGAGGAUGGCACUUCGAUAAAGGCUUCAGAAAAAGUUGGGGCUUUGUUUGAAAGCCUCAAAUGUUCAAAUUACUCUUCAGGCUCUGAGGAUCCUUCCAUUGAAGUCACACAGAAGGUGAGGAUGUCGAAUAGUGACCUAGAUUCCUGGAUGAAGGGGCAGUUGGAACUCGGUGCAGGGACCCCAGGUACUCCUGGAGUGUCGAGAAAGAGUGUCCUGAGGCUCACAACGGAAACCUCGUGCUUAGCUUCCAAAAGUAUCCACCCGGAAAGCUCAUGCAAAGAACCUGCUGAUGCUCUGCUGCUGGAAGAGGAAUCAUCAGAUGUGUGUCCAGAAACCCAAGCUUAUGCUGUAGAACAGAAAUGUUUUGUUAAUGACAAACCCAAGAAAAGAGAGAAAGGAGUCCUUUCAGAAUCACAGCCCUAUCACAGUCCCCUUAAGAAGCCAAAGCUGAGUCCUCCAGAACCUAUUGUGCUCUCCAGCGAUGAGGAGGUGGAAGAAGAUGCUGAAGGAGUCGUUAAUGUAGCACCCAUUCAAAGUCCCAGCCAGUCCGCUCUGCAGCUGACCACUGAGCCCCAGGAUAGCACCAGUGAGCAGGACCCCCUAGAAGAGCUCUCUCUACAGGAUGAGACAGACAAACCAGUGGGGCAUGAGAUCUCACAGGCACCUUUGGUCUUCCAGUUUCCGUUCUCUGCAUUGCAUGUGGGCAGGGUGAGAGUGGAGCCUAACGGGAACAUCAUGAUAACUGCUCAUGGCAUCACCAUUCCAUUGAAAGACCCUUCUGGGAAGGUGGAGGUCUCCCUGGCACUGGUGCCCUCGCAAAUACUCCGGUAUGGUGUCUGGUCAUGUGAUGUACUGGAGCUGAACCGAGAGAAGCCCCCUUCCAUAUUCUUCUUCCUGUGGAUGAGGGAUGAUGCAGCAAAGGUACUCUGUAUGGAGUUGUCCCCCAUACAUCCUCCAGAGGUGCUAGGACCGGUCAGUCCCUUUGUACUGCUGGCUCUGAAUGAGCCACUGGACAGUGCUCAGGAAGGGCUCCUGGGCACGCACAUGAAGGUGUUGAGUUUAAACAGUGAUAAUCCAGACCUUAUGGUUUCCUUCACCUGGGCACAAGGCCUGGCUCUGAUUCGCAAGUCUGGGGAUGCAUACCUGCUCUCUGUUCUUGGGCAGGACCUUUCCCCUUUCCCAGACCAGCAGAAAGGGCAGGAUGAGCAGGAGCAGCAUCCUCAAGAUGAGGAAGUGUCACAUUUUGUCCCCUUGCAGAAAGAGCGCCCAGCCAGACAGAGACCAAGCUACACGUUGUGUUGUCGCAGGAACAGGGAUUUAUAUGCUGUAUCUGUUGGCCUAAACCCUGGUUCUCCAUGGAGCCGUUACAAGCACCAAGGCACAGCUCGCAGGUUUAUCCUGUUCCCCCCACCUCCUGCCAAAGGGGGCAUCUCCGUGACUACUGAGGACCUGGAGUGUCUGGAUACAGGGAAGUUCCUGAAUGAUGUCAUCAUCGACUUUUAUUUCAAAUACCUGAUUCUGGAGAGAGCUCCGAAAGAAAUUGCUGAGAGAUCACACGUUUUUAGCAGUUUCUUUUACAAACGACUCAAUUGGAAGGACAGUGUUAGCAAGGGGGUGGCCAGCUACCCAACCCAGCACAGACGACAUCAGAGAGUGAAAACAUGGACUCGGAAUGUAGACAUCUUCAGAAAGGAUUACCUUUUCAUACCUGUCAAUCAGGAGGCUCACUGGUACCUAGUGGUCAUCUGCUUCCCUGGGCUGGAAAAGCCCCAGUUGAUGCAGUGGAUUGACCCAGCUGUGUUGAAGAUGAGUGCUGUGGAGAGCGGCUUUGAAUCUCAGGCCUCAGAUGGCCUAUCGCCGAUUGGCAUUACCUGUGAGGAAGAUGGCCAAGAGAGACUGGCAGGUGGAAUGGAGGGAGGCAGGGAAACAUCAGCACACUGCUUGCAGGCACCGGAGUGUACAAAACUUGGCUGUCAAAGGGACACUGUCUGUAGAAGACCUUGUAUUCUUAUUAUGGAUUCUCUGAAGUUGUCUGCUCAUGAGCGUGUCUUCAAACUGUUAAGGGAGUACCUUGAGGUUGAAUGGGAGGUGCGAAGAGGGACCCCACGAGACUUCACACCCGAAACGAUGAGUGGCUCCCACUGCAAUGUCCCCCUGCAAGAUAACAGCAGUGAUUGUGGACUCUACCUGCUGCAGUAUGCAGAAAGCUUCCUGGAGAACCCAGUAGUGCAUUUUGACCUUCCCUUGCACCUGGAAGACUGGUUUCCACAGCAAACGGUGCGGAGGAAGCGGGAGGAGAUCAGGGACUUGAUUCUCUCGUUGUACUCGAAACAGCUGCUCGGUGGUGGUACCUGGAAGUCAUAACAAAAACUGAAGUCAGGGUCAAGGACUGCAGAUGAUCCCCUCUCCUUCCUGAGCUUGGAACUGAACAAUUCCUCGCUUUAAGAUAGUACAGACACGUGUUUUUUUUUU